AGAGAGAGUGAGAGAUCGGAGAGAGGGAGUUCCAUGCCUCCUCCAUGCCUCUCCGCCGUUGCUAUGCUUGCUUGCUCCACCUUUCCUUUAUGCUCCAUCCAUCCAUCCAUCCAACACUUCUCUCCUGCACAGCCCCCAGUCCUCAUUGCAGUAAUAUACUUCUACUUCCUACCACACAUCAUGCCUGUCCUCUUCACCUAAUCACUACUACCCAUCACUAAUACCCAUCUCUCUCGCCCUCUCUCUCUCUCGAUAUUCACUCCCUGCGCCUGGCACACUGCCUUCGCCCUCUCACCUACUACGCCAAGCCAGCUUCCACGACCACCGUGAUGCCUCUACACUCCGCCAGCGACCACGACCCGCCGCCCAACGACGGCCGCCUGGGCCUCCCACGCAUCAAUGUCGAGAACUUGGGCGGUGAUGAGCCUGACACUAUAUCUCCCGACCCUACCACUACCUCUGCCUCGCACUCUCCCACUACCAUCUCAAGAGACCGCUCCCUCUCGCAAUUGUCUGCUCAAUCCUUUUCCGGCAGAGAACGCUCAAUGUCUGGCAGUACGGUAGCUACCGGUUCCCAUCUCGAACCGCCGCCUCCACGCACUCCCGGUGGCGCCUCGUCCAGCGCCUCUACCAUCAUGGGCUUUGACGAGCGCGAAGAUGCCCUGAAGCCCGAUCCCAACACUGAAGCCGACUUCAACGUCGAAAAUAACUGUUUCGCCUUCUCGCCCGGCCAGCUGAACAAGAUGCAGAAUCCAAAGUCGCUACAGGCUUUUGUUGCACUUGGUGGUCUGCCCGGUCUGGAGCGCGGUCUGCGGACGGAUAUCGAUUCCGGUCUGAGCAUCGACGAGACCAGCCUGUCUGGCAUCGUCAGCUUCGAGGAGGCCAGCACAUACUAUCGCAAGGCUCGCGACGUCGAGGGCACACACGAGCCGCGUCCCGUCUUCACCAGGACCCACACCAGCCACCCGGACACCCCUGCCACGGGCUCCUACUGCGACCGCAUCCGCGUCUACAACCGCAACGUCCUGCCCGAGAAGAAGGCUACUCCGCUGCUGAAGCUGAUGUGGGACGCCUUUCACCAGGACAAGAUUCUCAUCCUGCUCUCCGUCGCCGCCGUCAUCUCGCUCGCCCUGGGCAUCUACGAGACCGUCGGCGUCGAGCAUGAACCCGGCACCCCCAUGCCCGUCGACUGGGUCGAGGGUGUCGCCAUUUGCAUCGCCAUCAUCGUCAUCGUCUCCGUCGGCUCGCUCAACGACUGGCAAAAGGAACGCGCCUUUGUCAAGCUCAACGCCAAAAAGGAAGACCGCGAGGUCAAGGCGAUUCGCUCGGGCAAGUCCAUCAUGAUCUCCGUCCAUGACAUCAUGGCCGGCGACGUCCUGCACCUCGAGCCCGGCGAUCUCAUUCCCGUCGACGGCAUCUUCAUCAGCGGUCACAAUGUCAAGUGCGACGAAUCCUCGGCUACGGGGGAAUCCGAUCAGCUCAAGAAGACUGGCGGCGAGCAGGUCCUGCGACUCAUCGAGCAAGGUCACACCAAGCUCGCCGACAUGGAUCCUUUCAUCAUCUCUGGCAGCAAGGUGCUCGAGGGCGUCGGCACCUACCUCGUCACGUCCGUUGGUGUCAACUCGAGCUUCGGCAAGAUUCUCAUGUCCAUGCGAACCGACAUGGAAACCACGCCGCUGCAGGUCAAGCUCAACGGUCUGGCCGGCGCCAUUGCCAAGCUGGGCUCUGCCGCUGCCGGCUUGCUCUUCUUCAUUCUCGUCAUCCGCUUCUGCGCCGAGCUGCCCGGAAACAGCGACACCCCCGCCGAAAAGGGCUCCCAGUUCAUCGACAUUCUCAUCACGGCAGUCACCGUCAUUGUCGUGGCCGUGCCCGAGGGUCUGCCGCUCGCCGUCACCCUGGCCCUGGCCUUUGCCACCACCCGUCUUGUCAAGCUGAACAACCUCGUCCGCAUCCUCAAGUCCUGCGAGACCAUGGGCAACGCCACCACCGUCUGCUCCGACAAGACCGGCACCCUGACCCAGAACAAGAUGACCGUCGUGACGGGCACGUUUGGAGACGACCACUUUGACGACAAGAGCCAGUCGGCCGACGCAAAGCGCAACGCCGGCUGGGCACAGGGCCUCAGCCGGGAGGCCAAGCGACUCCUGGUCGACUCCAUUGCCCAGAACUCGACGGCCUUUGAGAGCGAUGGGAACAACAGCAGCGACGAGCUCUUCAUCGGCUCCAAGACCGAGACUGCCCUCCUGACCUUUGCUCGCACCGUCCUCGGCAUGGGCUCGCUGUCGGAGGAGCGUGCGAAUGCGCAAAUCGUCCAGCUCCUGCCCUUUGACUCGGGCCGCAAAUGCAUGGGUGCCGUACAGAAGCUCCCCAACGGCACCUAUCGCUUCCUCGUCAAGGGUGCCUCGGAGAUUCUCGUCCGGAUGUGCUCGACCAUCAACACGUCCACUGCCGGAAUUGCCAGCCUCGAUGCCUCGCACCGUGAGAAUCUCGAAUCCGUCAUCAACGAGUACGCCCAGCAGUCGCUCCGGACCAUUGCCCUGAUCCACCGCGACUUCAAGCAGUGGCCGCCCGUCGAGGCUGUCGACGCGCAAGACCCCUCAAACGCCGACCUCGCCGCUCUCCUGCACGACAUGAACUUUAUCGGUGUCGUUGGCAUCCAGGAUCCGCUCCGUCCGGGUGUGCCCGAGGCCGUCGCCAAGGCCCACCACGCCGGUGUCAAGGUGCGCAUGGUGACGGGCGACAACAUCAACACGGCCCGCGCCAUCGCAACAGACUGUGGCAUCUACACCAACGGCAUCGUCAUGGAAGGCCCCGAGUUCCGCACCCUGUCGCACGAGAAGAUGCUCGAGAUUCUGCCCACGCUCGAGGUCCUGGCCCGCUCCUCGCCCGAAGACAAGCGCAUCCUCGUAACGAAGCUCCGUGAGAUGGGCGACAUUGUCGCCGUUACCGGUGACGGCACCAACGACGGGCCCGCCCUCAAGGCGGCCGACAUUGGCUUCUCCAUGGGCAUUGCCGGCACCGAAGUCGCCAAGGAGGCCUCGGCAAUCAUCCUCAUGGACGACAACUUUGCCUCCAUCCUGACGGCGCUCAUGUGGGGUCGCGCGGUCAACGACGCGGUCCGCAAGUUUCUGCAGUUCCAGCUGACCGUCAACAUUACCGCCGUCGUCCUCACCUUUGUCUCUGCACUCGCCAACCCGAACGGCCGACCCGUGCUGACGGCCGUGCAGCUCCUCUGGAUCAACCUCAUCAUGGACUCCCUCGCCGCGCUCGCCCUUGCUACCGAUCCCCCGACCGAGGAGAUUCUCGACCGCAAACCCGCCAAGCGCAGCGCCCCGCUCAUCUCCAUCAUCAUGUGGAAGAUGAUUGUCGGCCAGGCCGUCUUCCAGCUCGUCGUCACCUUUGUCAUGUACUUUGCCGGCCCGCAGAUCUUCAACUUCCCGGCCGUCGAGGUCAAUGGCAGUCUCGCCCUGCCGCGCGACCACCCGCAGCUCCGCUCCAUGGUCUUCAACUGCUUCGUCUGGAUGCAGAUCUUCAACCAGCUCAACAACCGCCGCCUCGACAACCGGUUCAACGUCUUUUACGGCAUCCACCGCAACUACUUUUUCGUCGCGGUCAAUGCCAUCAUGGUCGGCGCCCAGAUCCUCAUUGCCUUUGUCGGUGGCCGCGCCUUUGAGAUUGAGCGUCUCACCAGCCGUUCCUGGGCCGUCUCCAUUGUCGUUGCGCUCUUCUCGCUGCCCUGGGCAGUGCUCAUCCGCCUCUUUCCCGACGCCUGGUUCGCCGCGAUGGCGCACGUGGUUGGGAUCCCCUGCCUCUUCGUCUACCGCCCGCUCAGCCGCUGGUCCUCCAGCUUCGGUCGCUCGGUCGGCAAGCUCUUCAAGCGGAAAGGCAAGAAGUCAUCAGACGACAGCAGUGAAGAGGAAGGGCCGGUCGCAGGCGGCGGCGGCGACAAGGAGAAGGCGGCAGACCUCGAGUCUGGCGUCAAGAAGGCGGUGGGCACGCAAUAACUUGAUUGAGCCAAUCGAUUGUCUUUUUUGUUUUUUAUACGACCUACUACUACUACUACUACUACAUACCACCGCCAUAUACCACUACUACCCCGGCGCCCUUUCUCUAUCUCUCUUUUUCCAAAGUCGUACAUCUCGCAUGGCGUUUAGACGGGUUUACUGGGCAUUUACAACACUAUAGAGCAAACAUGUGACGUUUGGGCACUGUAUAUAUGGGAUGGAAUCUGAUUGGAUAGUAUUGCAUGCAUAGUAUGUGGAGAAGCUGCAGGGCUGAUUCCCGAAUCUUGAUAUAGUUGGUCAUAAUAAAAAUGUUGAAUUGGAAG